AUGGCUACUAGUAGCAUGGGCCCCAACUUCAACGCCGGUCAUCCUGCUGGCAUGGGGCACCCAGGCGUGGCCGGCCAUCCCAUGGGACCCGGGAUGCCUCACCAGCCGGGGCAACAAGGCGCACCGGGCGGCAUGCCUCAUCAGUUCGCCGGCGGGCCGAUGGGGGUGCCGCCUGGUGCCCAAGUCAAUGCGAUGAUGGCUGCUAUGCCGCCAGGUAUGGCUGCUCAGUUUCAGAAUAUGGCUCCUGCGCAGCAACAGGCGUUUAUGCAGCAGCAACAACAACAGCAGCAGCAACAGCAACAGCAUAACAUGCAACAGCAAUUUGCUCAGAACCCCAAUCUCGCAGCGAUACGACAACAGCAGAUGAUGGCACAGCAUCACCAGCAGCAACAAGCUCGGAAUAUGAUGGCGCAGCAGUUCAACGCUGGCGUGCAACACCAAGGCAUGCCUAUCGGACAAAUGCAGCUCACCCCGCAGCAAAUCCAUGCCCUCCGUCAGCAGCGAGGCCAAAUGCCUAUGCAGGGGCACCCGAAUAUGAUGUACGCGAUGCAUCAACAGCAACAACAGGCGGCUCAUCAACAACAAAUGCAGGCUCAGGCCCAGCAGCAGGCUCAGCAACAACACCAACACCAACAUCAACACGGCCAGCAGCAGCAGCAACCUGGGCAGCCAGGGCAGGCAGGACAGAUGAACGUGCCUAAUAUGCAGGGAAUGUCACAGCAGGCGCAACCAAGCCAGACACAAAUGAAUGCUCAACAAGCCAAUCACCCACCAGGCCCGCAAGCGCAGCCAACCCGUACACAAACACCAUCGCAGCAGCAAACGCAGCCACAAGGAGGCCCGCAGCCGCACCAAACACCGCAACAAACGUCACAAGCCGGCACGCCAGCCAAUACUGGUGGGCAGACCCCUGCACAGACCCCAGGCUCAACAGCCGCGCAGCAGCAAGGCCCACAACCACCACCGCAACCGCAAGUCCAGCAGCCGCAGGGCCCAGCUCAACCUGCGCAACCUCAGCCCGGCCAGCAAGCUGUUCCGCAGCAGAUGCAACAGCAUCCGCAAAUGAGCGCGGCCCAUCAGCACAUGAUGCAGAGUCAAUUGAUGGCGCGGCGACAGAUGCAACAGCAGCAGCAGAACGCAGAUGGGAUUCGCGGUCAAUGUUUGUUGAGAUUGAUGCAGUUUGGCGAGCACCUCAGUGGCUACGCUCAAAAUGCCCGCGGACGGGAUGACCACUCGUACUGGGCGACUUUUGUCGAUCGAUUCUUCGCCCCCGAGGGUGUCUUCCGGCACUCAUUGCACAUUACAGACGGCGGCGAGACGACCGACAAGCAAUACGACAUAGCUUCUUCGGCCAUCGCGCGAUACUUCCACACACAUUUCCACAGUGGCGUCAAGAACAUACAGUUGAUCCUGGAUAAGGGGACCAUGGAUCGAGCGUUGCCGCACGAUUGUCACUAUGUUGAGAACAGCCGCGCCAGCCUUGUGUAUUGGUUCGAGACCGGUUCACACCUUGUUGCGAACGGAACACUCCGCGCUAGCUUCAACAGUCAGCAGAAGCUCGACCUCUUCGAAUUCGUCACAUCUAGCCAGGAGGAGUAUGUGUCGCGGAAGCAGGUCAUCGAAGCCGCCAAGCCUACGCAUGCAUGGAUCAAGGAGUGGCGCAACGUCAACAGCGACAUGAAGCAGUCGCCCGAACUGUCUAAGAAGGGUAAGGGGAAGCAAUUGAAAUCCCCACAGACACACCCUCCCGAGGUCUUGAUGGACCUGCCGGACUCCGCCGUCAACAGCAAAGGAGUUACGCCAGCAGUUCAUCAGUUCCUGGAGAUAGUGGAGGUCAUGGGACAGAUGAACCCGCUGUUCAGUUACUACCACGCCAACCCCGGCAUGGGACCCUAUGCAGCGCUGGAGCAGUAUGUCUCGACCAACAUCCUCGGUCAAGGGGGUCCCAACGGCCCGCCCGGUCCGCAGAAUCCCCGAACGCCAAGCUUCAAUCAAUUCCAGAUGGGAGCGAGCCCAGCUGUCGCUAACGCCAAUCUGCCCGGCUCGCCGCACAUGGGCAGCCCUGCACCUGGGCAGAUGCAAGCGCCGCCCAUGCAAAUGCAGCAGAGCCAGCAGGGCACGAGCUCGAGCGGCCCGAGUGCGAACACGUCACCUGCAUCGAACAAGCGAAGACGCCCGUCAGGCGUUAAGGUCGAAGAUGACGGGUCGGGCGCGCCGACGCCGCAGAUGAACGGAGUGCAGAAUCGGCCUGGCAAGCCAGCGACACCCAGGAUGAACAAGCGAACCAAAGUUAACCCGUCAUGA